AGCGAAGGGAAAAAAUUGCAGGCAAUGCUUGCACUCGACAGAUACAUGGUUCGUGUGACAGAAGCAUCAGUGCAAUGCUGCUAGUUAUUACCCAGCUGGGGGGCAAGCAGGCAGGCACUGGUCUACAGGGUAUAAGGCUCUGUCUCUGAGCCUCGCAAGUGCUUUCACUUCUCAGGGGGAAAAAAAAGCUGCUUUCUUAUUACAGAGCCAUUGGAGGAACCGCAAUUCCCUCGGUGACAGAACUAUUUUUUUUUUUUAAUCCUUCACUGACAUCUUAAGGAUGGCGGAGGCAGAGUUGCACAGGGAGCGGCUGCAAGCAAUAGCAGAAAAAAGAAAACGACAGGCUGCAAUUGAGGACAAAAGGCAGCAGCUCGACGACCAAAUUCUUCAGCUGCAGCAUCUGAAGUCUAAAUCACUCAGAGAGAAAUGGCUGCUUCAGGGAGUCCCAACUGGAUCAGCAGAGGAGGAAGAAUUAAGAAAGCAAUGUGAGGAGGAUGAGAAAAAACUAAAAGUUCUGGAAGAGAAUGUCCAAAGACUUGAACAGGAUAUUGAACAAUUGGAGAGUGAAGAGUCACUGAUUUCUGCCAAAGAACAAAUCCUCAGAGAAAAACUAAAGGAGACUGAAAUAUCAUUUGAAGACUUGCAAAAGAGUUUGUCAAAUCAGGAAAAGGAUGCGGUGAACUACAUCUACUCACAGAUCCCAGACCUCACAAACAUCUACUCCCAUCAACCCGAGACGCCUCCUGUGAGUGACAGAACAAGGGUAGCUACAUUGUACGCGAUGGAAAUUAAUGUGGAGAAAGACAGAAAGACAGGAGAGACCAAGAUUCUCUCUACAACAUCAAUUGACCCAGAGGGGGUCCAUCAAAGAGGAGUAAAAGUCUAUGAUGAUGGUAACAAAGUAGUUUAUGAGGUCCAUCAUGCGGGUACUGUGGUAGAAAAUGGCAUCCAUAAGUUAAGUUCAAGGGAUGUAGAUAAUCUUAUACAGAAAACUGCACAAUCAAAUGUAGGAGGGCAAGAAACUUUACCAGAAAGAACUGUAAUAUUUGAAGGGAACCCCAUCCAUGGGAAAGAACAAAUGACCUUCAAGGAAGCAAAGCUAGAGUUGGUACACAAACCAAACAAAGCACUUUCUUCAAACCCUGUGAAUGAGAAAGCAAGUAGUGGAAAUGAAAUGAGGGAUGCCACAUUAGACCAACCAGUAACCAUGAUAUUCAUGGGAUAUCAGAAUAUCGACGACGAAGAAGAGACUAAGAAAGUGUUGGGCUACGAUGACACCAUCAAAGCUGAGCUUGUUCUCAUUGAUGAAGAUGAUGAGAAGUCCUUAAGAGAGAAGACAGUGACUGAUGUGUCUACCGUGGAUGGGAACGCAGCAGAACUGGUCUCUGGGAAACUACUCACAGAGACCACAGAGCCCUCUUCUCCAGAGGGUAAAGAAGAGAGUCUUGUCACAGAACCAAUAACAGGACUGGAUAAGAAAUCUGUACACUUCAGUGACCUUGGAGAAUCCGGACUAGAAGACAACGGCAACUUGCAAAUAACAAAACCUCAAACGUUAGAGGAUGAUCUUAAAUUGAGAAAAGACCAAGAUCAAAAUAGUGCCAACACUUCUGACUGUACAAACCUUAUCUUAACAAACAAAGAAACUAUGGAGAUUGAGGUCCAGGUCUCAGAGCAUAAAGGCGUCACAUUGGUAAUGCCAGAUGAGCCACUUGACAAUCAAAUUGUUUUACUUUCUGCUGGUCAAAGCCAAAAUGGACUGAAAGAUAGACAUGAAUCAAUAGACAGUGAUGUUGCUAAGGAAAUCCGAUAUUUAGAUGAAGUAUUGGAAGCAAAUUGUUGUGAUACAUCUAUGGAAAACCCAUUCAAUGGCUCUUCUUCUCCCGAACCUACAACCAUAAUUGUUGAUGGGUCAGGACCUUCUGUCAGUGUUACAAAUGAGGAUUUUCCCUCCAAAGUAGAGUCUAUAGCAGUGGACCGUAAACCUCUUCCUAUAGUAGAGUUAAAUGAGCCUACUGAAGAGAGGGAGCCUCUUAAAAUGAAUGGUCAUUCACAUGGGGAACUGAAACAUGAAACAAAUGAGGAGUUCUUUAAUCCAGCAAGUCCAAAUUCUUCAAACAGUUCACGGAGGUCAUCUAGAGAUGGGGAAAAUAUGGUGAAAACUAUUAAAAAAGAGGCUAAAUUUGAGUUGCGUGCGUUUCAUGAGGAAAAGAAACCAUCAAAAUUAUUUGAAGAUUUUAAUGAAAAAGAACAUUUUAGGGUGCGGAAAGUGAGACCUUCAGAAGAGGUUCUAGAGCUAGAAAAGGAGAGAAUGGAACUUAUCAAAAGUCAAGCAGUAAAGAAAAACCCUACUAUUGCAACAAAGUGGUGGAAUCCACCACAGGAAAAAACUCUAGAAGAACAGUUAGAUGCUGAACAUUUAGAAUCGCACAUGAGGUACAAAGAACGUAAACAAAAACUGCAACAAGGAUCAUCUUUCCCACCACCAAUGAAAAGUACUACUACCCACUUUGUUCCUUCUGAGUCAACUGCAGUUAAUAAGGACGACAUUGUCACAGAACAAAUUGAUUUUUCAGCCGCAAGGAAACAGUUUCUUAACGACAAUACAGGUCAGCCUAACUUUAAAGGACCACCAAAGAAACCUGUUACACCUAUCCUUUAUUCAGUUAAGCCUUUCUAUAAAGUAAGCCCUGCAAGUCAUCCUCAAUCAUCCAUCACAGUGACAAAUCCGUUGCCUGCAUGUGGUGACAUGGCAAAUGUGGAAUCAGAUGAAAUGCCUGUGAUAAAAGCAGAGCUGGUGACUUGUGCAUCGGAAGAUCAGCAACCUGGCUCUCAGAGGCAUGUGGCAGAACCAUCGACAGAAUUCUUAAGUGCCACUGCAACAUUUUCAGUUGUGAAGGGUGAUGAAAGUGAUGUGUCAGACCAAUUUUCAAAAUCUGUCACAUUUUCUUCUCUUCCAGAGGAGCUGGACUCUGGUUUAGAUGACCUUUCCUUGAAAUCUCAGGACACUACAAUCAUGGAGACACUUUCAAAUGAUUUCAGCAUGGACAAUAUUAGCGACAGCGGUGCUUCAAUUGAGACCAUGAGUGCUGUACAUGAAAAUUCCCUCGGAGACAUCUCUCAAUCACAAACACCUCUUUAUGAUAACACCCCAUCUGAAGGCUCCAAGUUCUUUAGCGAUCAAGGUUUUUGUUCACCCUCAUCCACACUGCAUGAUUCCAUUUCUCUGGAUGAUCAAUUAGAGUAUCGUGCUGGUGUUUUGGUUCAUAACGUAAUUCAACAAGCUCUGGCAGAGAAAGCAGGAAUGAUCAGUUGCCCUGAAAACGACAGUCUAUCUGAUAGUAGGCACUUAAGUGAUAAUGAGAACGUAGAUGAGUCAAGAGUGGUCAUGAGCACGCCCACCCCACCAGUGAACACAGAAGCUUGUGACAAAGCAAUAUUUAAACCACCUCAGGUUUCAUCACCAGUACAAGAAGCCAAGGGGGUGACAGUGAUACCAAAGACUCCAGAACCAGAGAAGGAACCCCUGCGAAAAACAAUUCAACCCUUAAGCAUAGCUCCACUGACCACUGAAGAGAUCAUUGAAGAAAAUAAGCAAGAGAGUUACUUCAGUAAGUACUCCCAAGCUGCUGAGCUAAGAAGCACUGCUUCAAUUUUGGCUACACAAGAGCAAGAAAUUACCGUGGGGCCCUUUAAACUAAGAUCGAAGAAGCAGAAAACAUUAUCUAUGAUUGAGGAAGAGAUCAGAGCGGCGCAGGAGAGAGAACAGGAACUCAAGAGACAGAGGCAGAGCAUGUCAGGCCCACAAAGCCCUUCUAGCAAAAACGCACCAGUAGCGCCCACUAGAACAGUCUCCUACAAGACAGCUCCUGGGAAAAUCGAAAAGGUGAGGACCCCCACGUCACCAAGAGCUGAAUGUUCCCCAGGUCUGCCUGAUCAGAUUUCUGAAGAAGGGGCUGGAUCUCAGCGCCCUAAAAAUCUCAUGCAAACACUCAUGGAUGAUUUUGAGACACACAAAACUAAACGGCGUGAUCGAAUGGAUGAUGCUAGUGUCCUGGAAGCCGUAAGAGUAAACCGGAGGAAGAGUGCACUCGCUCUACGAUGGGAAGCUGGGAUAUAUGCCAAUCGUGAAGAGGAUGAAUAAGUAUUCCAUUCCUAAUGAGAGUAUAUCCAGAAACCAAAAAAGAAUCAUUUAAUCAUAUAUUUAUUGAACAUUAUACAAUCUGGGCAGCCCAAAUAGAGAUAAUGCUGACCUUGUUUGUAAGACGGAGAUAAAAAAUCGGCAGCAGUUGGUGUGCAUACAAGACCAGCUGAGCUUUGGUGGACUCUCAGGAAAAUGGUCUCUGGCAGGAGGAGCAGCCCCUACAUGGCAGAGCACAGCUUAUUUGAUGUCCAAAACCAGACACUAAAAAAAGUGGGCAGAUGCUUCCUUUAAAAAGGAAAUAAAGGACUUGUUUGAAAUGGACCACUUUAAGAUGGGAUGUAUUUGGGCAAUACAUCCCACAAGAGGAGCAUUGUAUGUUUCAAAUGGGACAGAGGUCCAUUUGCACGUGUCUGUGGGUUUGUCUUCUUGUGGAGCACAAUCAUAAUAACUAACACCCUUAUUGUAGCCAUAAUAUGUCGUUUUAUGCUUGGAUUUCUUAGCAGUUGUAAUGGAAAAGAAAAA